UAAAUGGCUCCUUCUAUGAAGCCAGUCCUCCCGUUUCUGUCCUUAAACCCCCUGCACCCAUGUAUCUUACUCGUUACUCCCGCCAGAAACCACUUGAACUCUCACGCUAUCUCACGCGCCACCUCCACUCCUCCUCCUCUUCCACCACCGAAACUACACCUUCUAAACUCUACGGUUACUAUGCCUUCAAACCCCCGCCUUCCCUCUCUCCAACGCCCGAAAACCCUAACAAGAAUUUCGAGAAAAAAGCCAAACCUCGGUACCGUCCGUCCUCUUCUCUCGAUUCCCCAAAGAAAAAACACUCUGAUUUGCCCUUCGAUUUCCGAUAUAGUUACACUGAGAGCAGCCCGACGGUGAGGCCAAUUGGGCUUCGGGAGCCCAAGUACUCGCCGUUUGGACCGGGUCAGUUGGACCGAGAAUGGACUGGGGUUUGUGCCCCCGCUGUGAACACUAAAGUGAAAUCGGUGGACGAGGGAGCGGAGGAUCCCAAAUUGGAGGAGAAAAAACGAAUCACGAGAGAAAGAAUUCAAGGACUGCCACUUAAUAAUGCUGAGAGGAAGGUUUUGGUGGAAACUUGCCAUCGGAAUCGAACCAAAAGACAAAUAAAUUUGGGGAGAGACGGGUUGACACACAAUAUGCUGAGCGAUAUACAUAAUCAUUGGAGACAUUCUGAAGCAGUUAGGAUAAAGUGCCUUGGAGUCCCCACUGUUGACAUGAAGAAUGUGUGCUACCAGCUUGAGGAUAAAACGUUUGGAAAAAUCAUUUAUAGACAUGGCGGUACACUUGUUCUAUAUCGAGGCAGGAACUAUAAACCCAAGAAAAGGCCUUUUAUUCCAUUAAUGUUGUGGAGACCUCACGAACCAGUAUAUCCCAGGCUUAUCAAAACUACGAUUGAUGGUCUAAGCAUUGAGGAAACAAAGGAAAUGAGAAAGAGGGGAUUGGCUGCUCCUGUGUUAACAAAACUUGCGAAAAAUGGUUACUAUGGCAGUUUGGUACCCAUGAUAAGAGAUGCUUUUCUUGAAAGUGAAUUGGUACGAAUAGAUUGUCAAGGUCUUGAGAAAAGUGAUUACAAGAAAAUAGGCUGCAAACUUCGGGAACUUGUUCCUUGUGUUCUGGUGACAUUUGAGAAGGAGCAGAUUGUGGUGUGGAGGGGGCAUGACUAUAAACCACCUGAAAAUGUGGGACACUACCUCACGCAUCGUGAAUUAUUUGGUAUUUCAGAUGAUGAGCCAGUUUCUGGCGUAGAGGGAACCUGAUUCGUCAGACUAGAGCACCAGCCAACACAGCUUCCACUCAGGAGUUUGAGUAGUUAUUUGCUUGCUGACAGUUGCAAUCUUCAAACUCAAUGUUGUUUAUUAUACUUGAUGUCAGUGCGCUCCUAUUUACCCAUUUAGAAUAUUAGCAAGAAAGGAGGACCUUUGAGAUCAUACCAAGGACAGUAGAGUCAAGCGUUUUUCGUUAUGGGUUUGAGGUAUCACUCAUUUUGUAGACCUUUCAUCUGUAUCAUUCCUAGAUCAGAAUUGGGCAUAUUUUUAGUAUAUGUAUAAUCCCCCAUCAUUAAAAAAGUGAUUUAGUAUGAAAGAUUAAGAUCAUGCAUUCACCAAAAUGAAUCCACCAAGCUAGUCAAUUGUAUUUGUUUUAGAUAGUUACAUGGGAUUAUCUUAUUUUGGAAUUGGGUAUCAUGGUUGCACAUGCACCGUACCCGACAUCGUUUGGAUCUGUAAAUGUGGUGCCAUUAGCCACAGUUGGUGUUUGUAUUGUUUUUUAAAUUGUUCCCUGACUUAUAUACACAGUUUUAUGUUCAUAAUAA